AAGCCGACUGACCACCUGCCCUUUAUGGUAAUGCGGAAGUUCCUGUACCUUCUGUUCGUGUCGGCUGUGUUUGCCGACAGAGCCACCUACCACAACUAUCAAGUGCGCCGUGUGGUGCCUGAAAAUCAGGAGCAACUGAAGGUUCUGAAGGAGCUGGAGAAUGAACCAAAUGGACUGAGCUUCUGGGUUGGCCCAAGUAGAAUUCAGAAGGCUGUGGACAUCAUGGUGCCGCCCCAUAUGUUGCCUCAAUUCAACGAAAUUAUAGAGAACCUCAACCUUAAAUCUGAGGUUUACAUCAGCAACGUGCAGCAUCUCAUCGAUACGGAGCGUCCCGAAGUGAGACCGACGGCUGACUUCGGUUGGACAGACUACUACACUCUGGAUGAGAUCUACGCCUGGCUUGACUCCCUGGUGGAAACUUACCCUGAGGUAGUGACUCCGAUUGCUUUGGGCAGAUCUUACGAGGGUCGACAGAUAGCGGGGGUGAAAGUGUCCUUCAAGGAAGGAAAUCGUGGAGUCAUCUUGGAAGGAGGAAUUCACGCCCGAGAGUGGAUUUCUUCUGCCACGGUGACGUACAUCCUGAACAAGCUGCUGACAAGUGAGGACCCAGUGAUUAAGGACCUAGCACAGUCUUUCGACUAUUACGUCUUCCCUAGCGUCAACCCGGAUGGCUACGUGUACACUCACACAACGGAACGCAUGUGGAGAAAAACUCGAAGUCAAGGUGGAAACCGCUGUUUUGGUGCUGACGCUAACAGGAACUUCGACUUCCAUUGGCUGGAGAUCGGUGCCAGCAGCUCGCCGUGUUCCGAGACGUAUGCAGGAUCCGCUCCGUUCUCUGAAAUCGAAACCCGAGUUCUGUCCAACUACCUGAGAAGCAUACAGGACCAGUUUGACGUGUACCUCGCUUUCCACAGCUACAGCCAGCUGCUGCUGUUUCCCUACGGACACAACAACGCCCACUUAUCCAACUAUGACGAACUGCUCGUUGUCGGUCAGGCUGCUGCUACUGCUCUGGCCAAGAACAAUGGCACGCGGUAUACUGUGGGCAACAUCUACGACACGAUCUACCCAACUAGCGGUGUGAGCAUGGACUGGGUUAGAGGUGUUUUCAACAAACCCUACACCUACACCUGGGAACUCAGAGACACGGGCAACUACGGGUUCCUGCUACCCGCGAGUCAAAUUAUCGACACCGCUGAAGAGACCAUAAACUCCGCGGUUGUUAUCCUGCAACACGCUAAGGAGAACCUGCGACAUAUGAUGGUGAUGAAAUGGUGGUUGUGCCUGCUGUUGGCUGUGCUAGUGUCUGCCAAGGUGCGCUACGACAGACACCAGGUGUUCCGACUGGUGCCUGAAGAUAAACACCAGCUGCAGGCCCUCAGAGAUCUGGAAGAACAGGCUCAGGAGCUGGAUUUCUGGACCAGUCCCAGGGGGCUGAAUACGUCUGUUGACAUCAUGGUACCUCCACACUUGUUGAGAGAUUUCUAUAACAUGGUCCGGAAGAACAACUUGAAGACUAAAAUCUUUAUCAAAGACGUACAGAAAGCCAUUGACAACGAGAAACCUGCUCAGAAUGUGAGGGCAGGUUAUGGUUGGACUGACUACUAUGAUCUGGAUGAAACCAAUGACUACCUACGUUCUCUGGCCGAGGACUACCCAGAUAUCGUGCAGCUGUACGUAGGUGGCAGUUCUUACGAAGGACGGGAUAUUCUUGGAGUUAAACUCUCCUACAAAGACGGGAAUCCUAAGAUCUUCAUUGAAUCAGGAAUCCACGCACGUGAAUGGAUUUGCCCGUCCCUAUCCACAUGGAUCCUAAACCAGCUGCUUACGAGUGAAGAUCCUGACGUGAGGUCCAUCGCAGAAAACUUUGAUUGGUACGUGUUCCCCAGCGUGAACCCGGACGGCUAUCAAUAUUCUCACACCACGAACCGGAUGUGGCGCAAGACUCUAACCCCUGGCACAGUAUGCAACGGUGUGGAUCCUAAUAGGAACUGGGAUGACCACUGGAAUGAGGGCGGAGCUAGCAGCAACGAGUGUUCUGAGAUAUACGCAGGGACGGGCCCUUUCUCCACAGUGGAGACGGCCAGCCUGGCAGAGACCAUCAAAGAGCUGAACCCCACCGUGUACUUCUCCUUCCACAGCUACAGCCAGCUGCUCAUGGUCCCGUUCGGACAUCGCCACGAGACGGCAGACAACUACUAUAAACUUUUGGAGAUCGGAAGCAAAGCGGCCCACUCACUGUCUCAGAGAUACGGAACCCAGUACGUUGUUGGCUCCAUCAUUAAUGCUAUCUACGAGGCCACUGGUGGCAGCAUGGAUUGGGCGAAGAGCAAGCUGAAUGUGCCGUACACUUUCGAAUGGGAACUGCGUGACGAGGGACAAUACGGCUUCCUACUGCCCGCGGAACAGAUCAUACCCACAGCCCUAGAAACUUUCGACUCCAUAAUAACCAUCCUGAAAGAAGUCUCUGCAGCAGUAAAGAAUUAAAGCCAGAGUUUUUAAAACGUAAUAAAAUGUAUUCGUGGGCAUUUUAUAACCUCAAAUAAAAUUCAAAACAUACAGACGAAU